UUUUCAGCCAAUGAAUGAGAACAGAAAAGGAACUCAGUGAAUUAAAAAUAUGAAUCAAUAGGAACGGAAAACUGCUUUCACUAUGUUUCACCUUUUUUUCUCCAUUUAUUUUUGAAAUUUAUUGAUCGGACGUGGAAGUAUCAAACGAUCAGUCCACUCAUCUCAUCGAUGGUUUAGUUUGAUACCUUUAGACACCUGCAGUAACUGGCCAUUUGAAAUUCAGAAAUCAAUAGACGUUUACUCAUGAAUUUUCGGAUCAAUCUGUCAGUUAUCUGAUCGAUUGAUUCACCACAGCGCUGCAUUUAUAAAUCGAUUUGGGCGUAACGUCUUUAUUUGAUCCUAGGUUUCAUUUAUUUGGAAAAGUGAAAGUUUGGAUUUUAUUGUAAAUGUGUUAGUCUGGAGUGAACUCAAAUCACUCUCACUUGUAGUUAAUUGUUUUAAGUUCGAAAAUAUACAAUGUGCUGGCAUCUUUGAUAACAAUCACUGUUCCGAUAAUUUAACUUCUGAGACAUGAUUGUGUAUUUGGUUUUACUGGAGUUGCAUAUUCUUGUAACAUGUGUUCUUUUUAAGUGUGGGUGAGAAAAUUUCUUUUAAAAUCUUGGAUAGGAAUUUUUCAUAACAGAGAGAUGACUGAAAAAUUAACUUUAAAAAAAAAAGAUAAUUAAAUAGACUACAUUUCAUGCACAUAGAUUACUUUCGCUGAUUCUGUAAAAAUUUGUUUUGUUUUGUUUUAUCGAGACAUUUUUUAAAUGCAAAGCAGUGUGGAAAGUUGUUAGUCAAAAAGUCAAUAAUUGUUUUAAACGUAUUUUUGAGUAAAUGCCAGUGUCUGCUCUAUGAUAAAGAAACAAGCUCACAAAUCAUUACUUUACAAUAAUGUGUUGUCAUGUAGGAUCUAGUAUGUACAUACGGCAACAGCUCUUUUAAAAUGCUUGGGUAUGACACUGCUGGCCAAUAUUUUAAUGAGGAUGUGACCCCAUAAAGUUCAAUGAAACAUAUUUGUGAAGGAGUGUCCCGGUGAUCUACGGGAUUGAGCUGACAUCACAAUGAGAUUAAAAAGUAUUUGUCGGUGUUUACGGCUGUGGUUGGUGGAAACAGUCUUUAACAUCAAGACAUUAAGCAAAUAAAGAUUUCUGCGCGAGGUGCAGGUCCAACCAAUCAUUGAGUGUUGUCUGUCCUGACUCAUGAACACUGGUCAGUCGUACAAAUGAUUCCAAACAUGACAGUACCAGAUGAGAACAUGUACCAAAUACAUAAUCUGCCUGAACAGGUGACUCAGGUGAAGAAAGAUUUAAUUAAGUCGUUCGUCCAUUCCAAGAGAGUUGGGAGUUACCUGUUAGGCAGGACUCUCGGAGUUGGCAGUUUCGCCAAGGUCAAAGAAGGAAUGCACUUAACAACAGGAGAGAAGGUGGCGAUCAAAGUGAUUGAUAAGAAAAGAGCCAAGACCGACAACUAUGUCAGAAAAAAUCUACGAAGAGAAGGUAAACUUCUUCAGAUGAUCAGACAUCCCAACGUUGUCUCCCUUUACGAAGUCAUGGAGACAGACAACUCUUACUAUCUGGUCACAGAGUUGUGCAGAGGCGGAGAUCUCAUGGAGUAUAUCUCGUCCAAGAAAAGGCUUCCCGAACAAGAAGUGGCCAAAUUCAUUCGCCAAAUAUUAUCAGCUGUUGAUUACCUGCACAGACUUGGCAUUAUUCACAGAGAUCUCAAAAUAGAGAAUCUAUUAUUAGACAGCAACAAAGAUAUCAAACUAAUUGAUUUUGGACUCAGUAAUUUCAUCAAGGUAGCGAACUCACCAGAGGGAGUGAGAGCUCAGGAGUUUUGUGUGACCCAAUGUGGGAGCCCUGCCUACGCCGCCCCUGAAUUACUGAAUCACGAGAAGUACGGCCUUCAAGUGGAUCUCUGGAGCAUUGGUGUAAAUAUGUUCGCCAUGUUAACUGGAGGUUUGCCUUUUACUGUUGAGCCAUUCAACAUAAAAAUACUCUACGCUAAAAUGCGCGAUCGACAAAUGAAUCCCAUCCCAGAUGAUUUAUCUCGAGACUGCAGAGAUUUAUUGAAGAAAUUUUUAAACCCCGAUCCAACUCGAAGAGUCACAAUAUCUGAAGCAAUGUGUCAUCCGUGGUUAUCACCAAGCAACAAACCCAUUCCUAGGUCACCUUGCCCCAACAAAAUGAAGACCUCUGAUCUAGAGGCUGACAUUUUGAGUCACAUGUCAGAGAAUCUUGGAUUCCGCAUGGGGGAAGUCAUCAAGUUUGUCACUUGCAACAUUCCGAGCCCAGCCUGUGCAACCUACCACCUCUACCUGACCAGACUAAACAGGCACAGGGUGGAACAGAAGGUCAGCAGUGCUGGGAACAAUGUAGCAGGGGCUCAAAUGAAAGAUGAACACCGGAUCCUGUUACAUAUGCAGGAUAUGAAUCAUAAGGCACAAGUUAAAGACACAAAUAGACAGCCAUCCAAUCCAGAAUUAGAAUCUCACUCCUUGACACUUCAGUCACGGGGUUUGACUUCGGUUGCUACCGACGCCACUGAUAUAACAAUAGAUGCCAACAACAGUAAAAAAGAUUCGGGAAUUGUAACAGAUGCCUCUCACAACAGCCUUGAUCGUAAAGAAAAUCAAAAUCCCUUGACAAGAUAUGAUUCCAUAGAUCUUAAAACUGGAGCCCUUCUAGCAGAUUCUUCCACGCACUCUGACGUGUCAAGGUCCAGCAACAAAGAGUUGGGUCCGAGCUCGUACUCAAUGGAAAACUUUCAGAAGCAUCAAGCAAAUGACCUUAAAAUUAAAGCUCCUACAGGGGUCAGUGUAAUUGCCUCCAGACUGAUGAAACAGAUGGACGUGGGUCGCGAUCUGAUCGAUAAACUGACCCAAAAAUCUAAAGCCGUUGAAAUAGGCUUCUUCAAGGGAGAGAAGCUACAGCUAUCCAAGAAUGACAAUACAAUGAGAGAGUCCUUGCCGCCUUCUCCAAGGAUGGCCCCACAUCUUGGCCGCCAUGAUGAAACAUCAGAGGGUCCCAUUAAUAAGCAGCAGACUUCAAUCUACACUAAGUUCAAGAUUCACAUCAAAUCUAAGGACAAGUCCAAAGAGGAUAAAUUUGGCGAUGAGAAUCUUGUCGUCAACAGCCCCGCAUCAGGGCGACGGUAUAUCCCGAACAACAAACUAUUGGCAAGAAGAGCCCUCGCCAGAACAGAUGACAUGAACACUGUCAACAAAUUCCAGGAAACUGGGCACAUUUAUGCCAUCAACAAUGAAGCUUACAAACAUGUGGGUAAACCAUCCCCAGUCAUUAGUAGAGCUGCUCCUAAACAGUUUGUUACGUUCCGAAGUGCACAAGACAGACCUCGUCUGUCUGAACUCCACCCUCUGCAUGAACUCAAAGAUUACCAAAAGGCGAAGACGUCAGAAUCUAUGACAUUGCAUGGCAAAAACUUACUCAACAUCAAUUAUAAUGGUGAAUCAAAUACCGCCUCUAAAAGGUCAGUCUCGCCGCCUUCCAAAACAGUCAUCGUUCGAAGAAAAUUGGCCAAGAGACAUCGUCUAGGGGAGCUAACUCCUCCAGGAAGUCACGUGAUUCAGGACUCUGAUACUGACAUGAGCACUAACUUGUUCAUUACAGACAUUCUUGACAUGAAGUACAGAUCCAACGGAGUCAUUGACAGUAGAAGGUCUCCCCUGCCUUCCAUAUCUCCUGUACACACUCACAGAUAAAUCUACAAGGUGUUGACUGUAAAGUAAACAAACACCCCAAAAAUAAUAAAAGUCUUUAUAAUAGAAGCAUUUAUGUAGUUAACUAACUGGUUCCUUAUGAGAUGUCAUAUGUCACAUUGUAGUGAAGCAACUAGAAGACAUUUAUAGAAAUUGUGUUGGGAAAAGUUAAAGAAAUCAGGCAGUUUGUAAAGACCUUCAUUCGGAGCCUGAGAACUACACACUCAGACUGCCUAGACCAACUAAGCCAGCCAUUAGUUUCAAGUGCCAACACUUGCCUAUGUAACAAGUGUCCAGCUAGUAGCGUACAACUUUUCGUCUUUCCACAACAAACUAACUUGGCCCAGAAUUCACUUGGCUUAGUGCUGUCUAGACAGUCAUGUACAGACUGUUCACUCAUUAUGCAAUGUCUGUAUACAGGCAUUCUAUCUAGUUUUAUUUAAUAUAAGCAAUUUCGAUGCGUAAGACCAUCACCAGGUGUAUCAAGUUCACCAUUGUAUAUUUGUAUAACAAUACUGAACUAUUUAUAUUCCAGCAAUCAGUUAUUGUGAUCAGUCUGUCUACCACCAGAUGAUAUUUUCUUUGUUGUUGCUACCCCCCCCUCCCUUUUCGCCUGCCUCAUUCCGUUUUUUUGUACUGUUUGAUCAGCAUUCACCAAGUGUUGAAUGAUAUACUCACUAAAGCAUGUUCACAAAGAUAUUUAUUGAUCAGUAUUGCUGUAGAAACCAAAAGCUACUAGAUUCCUGUGCCCUUGUAUAUUGAGAAUUACUUUUUCGUUAUAGUGAAUUGUAUUUUGAAGAGAUCUGUCUGGUUCCUGCUUACUUUCAGAAUGAGAAAAAAUUAGCCUUUAAUUCCAAGGAAACAAAAAUGGACAAAUUCUUGGAAUGUGUUCACACAGCCAGUCCAAUGGUGGAAUACAAUGUGCCUUGUAUUUGUUGGUCAGGUACAGAUGAAUAGUUUUAUCAUUUAGAAUGGGGUAAUAAAAGGCCAUAUUAUUGUAAGAUACUGAUGCAAAGAAAAGUCUCUUAUCAUUUAGAAUGGGGUAAUAAAAGGCCAUAUUAUUGUAAGAUACUGAUGCAAAGAAAAGUCUCUCUACAGACAGGAAGCAGUGAUGUUCAGACUGAAAGAUUUUAAUAUUCUUUCUUUUAUCAUUUUCUACCAAUAUUUCUUUUUCUAUUGAUUAGUUUUCUAUUUACAUUAUGCUUAAUUUCAUUCGAGUUUGUGUAUAUAGUAUAUAAGGGACACAGUGAAUGUAUAUAGAAGAUAUAAUGAACACAGUGAAUGUAUAUAGUGUAUAAUGGACAAAGUGAAUGUAUAUAGUAUAUAAGGAAGGGACACAUUGUUUAUAGUGUAAAAGUUUUGUCAAACACUUGAAAUAGUUUCAACAAAAUAUUGACUGGAAGUGUGAUAAACAUUUAUUCCAAAAGUUGGUCAUUGCUGACUGAUUGUGAUUUAAGAUUGUAAAGGAUGUUAGUUUGUGGGAUGCAACUUGUUUUGUUUGUGAGGAGACUGUGGGAAUGAAAGAAUAUUGUGUGUGUGUGCAUGCAUGAAUGUAUAAUCUCUGGCUGAUGUUGCGUAUUUAUUUGUAAAAUUUUAUAUUUCUUCACGAGUUUUUAAUUUGUAAUUUUUUUCACAGUUGAAAAUAAAGUUAAACAAGACAUGAAUAA